GGGAAGCCAUGCUUGGAUGAAGGAGACUCACUGCGUGCUGAGAGCCCAAGAAACAGAGGUUUGAUAUAAAAGAAGACAAAAGAAAAGGAUUGAGUACAUCUUUAUCAACCUGGAUACAUUUCACUGGGACACCAGGAGAGAAGGAAACCAACAAUAAGAGUGCAUGGUGAAGGAACAAUGAUCUGCAUCUCAGAUCUCCACAGCUACCAGUCACCCAGUUUACAUUAUCACAGAAUGCUGCUCAAUCUUCUGUUCUGGACGAGUCUAUUUCUGUUGAUAACAAACGGUGAAAGAGGAUUUUAUGGGAAUCAGUAUGGUGAGUGGAAUGAUUCGCAACUGCAGCCCACUAUACAGAAGCUGAUGAAAGGCUACAAUCGAUAUCUAAGGCCAAACUUUAACGAAGGGCCUGUUGAAAUUGGAAUGAGUUUGGAUAUUGCCAGCAUCGACGCCAUCUCUGAGAUUAACAUGGACUACACAGCCACUAUUUUCCUAAGACAACGAUGGCGAGACUCUCGUCUGAUUUUCCCUGGAAAUGAAAGCCUGAGCCUGGAUGGACGGCUGGUUUCUCUGCUGUGGAUCCCUGACACCUUCAUCCCAGACUCGAAGCGUUCUUUCCUCCACGAUGUCACCGUGGAGAACCGUCUGAUCCGCAUCUUCAGCAACGGCACUGUGCUCUACGCUCUGCGCAUCACUGCAACCAUCGCCUGCAACAUGGAUCUCACCAAGUAUCCUAUGGAUAGACAAGAAUGCACUUUGCAAUUAGAAAGCUGGGGCUAUAAUUUAGAGGAUGUGGUGUUUUACUGGACCCGAGGGAAUGACUCUGUGAAGGGGUUAGACACACUGCGUCUGGCCCAGUACAGUGUAGAGAGCUACUACACCAGUGUAUCGCAGGCGGUGUAUGAAACAGGUCUUUACCCAAAGCUCAUCCUGCACUUCGCUUUGCGUAGAAAUGUGCUGUUCUUCAUUCUGGAGACGUAUGUACCCUCAACAUUGCUGGUGGUUCUAUCAUGGGUGUCUUUCUGGAUCAGUCAGUCCUCCGUACCAGCUCGCACCUGCAUCGGAGUGACCACUGUUCUCACCAUGACCACACUGAUGAUGGGUGCGAGGACUUCACUACCCAAUGCCAAUUGCUUCAUUAAGGCAAUCGACGUCUAUCUCGGCAUCUGUUUCACCUUCAUCUUUGGUGCUCUGCUGGAAUACGCCUGUGCUCAUUUCUGCACCAUGCAGCACCAAACCAUUAUAGACGUGCAAAGGGAAUUGCUCAAAGAGUUCGAGGAAUCAAAUGGCACGACUCACUUGGUCAAUUCGAUGUCCCCCAGAAAGAUGAAAACAGAAGACUCCACUAAGCAGGAAAAGCCUGAGCAAACCGUGACUUGCGAAGGGAACGAAGCCGUAGAACAGACCAAAGAAAAGGGAUGCGGUUUGACCACUGUAAAGCAAAUGUCUCGUCGAGCAGCGUCCAUGAUGAGUGUUGAGAAUCCCCACAACAUCGACAGACACGCACGCAUACUUUUCCCCAUGGCAUUUCUCCUCGUCAAUAUCUUCUACUGGCUCUACUACCUUUUAUUCUAACAGAUGAAAGAACUCUACCUCCUGUUUCCACAGAUGAACAAAGUAUUGCACAAAUGACUGAAACAGAGAAAACUUUUGACUACUCAUCAGCUCCAGUUGAAUAGUGCCCUAUAAAACUUCAUUAUUGCAUUGAAGCAGGUGUUUCUAUGCAACAAUGGAAUCAAAAAUGGACACAUAAAUCACCAUACAUAGACAUCUGCUGAAGGACACAGUUGUACGUGUCCAAUCUUAAUUCUUAAGCAAUUGCCUUUACAUUGCUGAUUUAUAGGGGUUCAAUGCUUUAGCUGUUUGUUUGUUUAUUUAUUUAUUUAUUGCUCUGGUUUGCUAAGCAAGCAUAAUGCGCUGUAGGGAUGUUAUAAACUCCACAAGCAGUGACCAUAUUAAAUGCCAUUAACAAACCCAAUAAUGGUCAAAUGCAUGUUGGUAUGUACUGUGGGGUCUAUAAGUCUGAUUCCAUAUUGUAAAACUGAGAUUUGCAUCCAGUUCAAGCUUGGAAACUAGGUUUUAUUAUUUAUUAAACUG